AUGCCACCCAAGAAAGCUGCUAACAGGCGUGCCGGGGCCGUGGCCUCCUCUGGAAGUCCUUCGCGCCGCUCUACGAGGUUGAGUCCCGGCCUGGGAGGUUCUGCUUUACCUAAUAUUCCGACAAAGCAGUCCUUCGCCUAUGGUUCCUCAACGACUGCGAUUCUCCCGCAUAUGCUAGAUGCAAAGCCGCAUAAGAAUCUGGCAGAAAUGGCCGACUCUAUUGAAGACGCCGUCCAAACCGCGAAAGAACGCGAAAUUAGCAGCAACAGCCCCAGUGUGAACACGCGGUCGCGCAGAGAAUCAAAUGCCGAGAGCACCCCUCCCCCACGAAGGCCUCGACGACAACCGACACCCGAUGAGGUGCAAUUGCAGGCUUCACUGAAUGAGGCUUCGUCGGCAGCACCAUCGACUCCUACUCGCCAUUCGUUCUCCUCCGAUGGGAGCCCCCCUCGCGAAGUCGUCGCGGCACGGCUCUAUCCUAGUAUCAUGCAGCGAGAAGCCUCGCCGACCCAGGUUCCGGUUCCCUUCGAAUCUCACAUGCACGGAGACAAUUCUUCGGUCAUAUCUUACAAUGCCGAGAGGGAUGUCCAUGAUGACGGCCUUAAGAGGACGCGGUCAAAUAUCACCGCACCACCGCGACGAUUCUCGGGGCUUGCUUUCACACAGAACACUAUUGAGGAGGAAGACGAACCCACGUAUCAUGGCCCAUCGCGUUCUAGGUCACCCGAGCAAUCUAUUCAUGAAGCCCCUGCCAGAACUAUCAUCCCGAAUCGCUCCUACGUGGAGCCGCAACCUGAAGAAUAUCAAUAUGAGAGUCCUCGGAGACCUCAAACGAGAUGGGAAGAUCCUGGCCCGAAAGACGCCUUUGUGGAUUGGUCCCUCCGACUUCUUAUGGUGGUAUUUACGGUUGUUGCGUUGUACACUUUCGGCCCCAUGGUAUAUAAUCGCUCACCCUUUCCCUCCAACGGUGCUAUCCGUUUCAAUAACACUGAUUUGGACGCGCUAUCCAACCAAGUGGUCCAUUUGGGAUCGCAGGUAUCGUCCCUAUCAAGGGACAUGAGGUCGGUUAAGGCGGAGAUUAACAGUAUACCCGUGCCAACAACCGUCUUCCAGUAUCCAAGCGGUGGCCGACAGGACUUGGCUAAGACAAACUUCCUCUCGAUGGGCCAUGGCGUGAUUAUCGACCCAUAUAUGACGAGCCCCACGGUUGGGCGCCAACUGACGUCGUUCCAAAGUUUCUAUAUGUGGCUCGCGGGCGACAAACAUAUGCAACCGCAACCACCUCUUGCAGCUUUGACUUCGUGGGAGGACUUUGGAGAGUGCUGGUGCAGUGCGCCACGUAAAGGGAUGUCCCAGCUUGCAAUUCUUCUGGGGCAGCGAAUCAUCCCAGAAGACGUGGUUGUCGAGCACUUGCCGAAAGCGGCGACGAUAAGGCCGGGGGUUGCUCCCCAGGAAAUGGAGCUAUGGGCGCGAUAUCGAUAUGUCGGCAAGGGUGCGCGGCCCUACCGUUGGUCUGUUUCAUCUUUUCUCCGAGGGGACCCCAAGAACAUUGCGGGACAGGAUGCUCUGCCGUCUGACAGAAGAAUACUGCAUGGACCUGUCAUGGAGGCGCUUCGUAUUGCGUGGCGCGGCGAGCCCGAUGGGGCAUUUUCCGACGACAAGCUCUUGGGGGAAGACUUUUACCGAAUUGGUAAAUGGAAAUACGAUAUCAACGAGUCGAAUAACAUCCAGAGGUUCCCGGUGACUGCAAUUAUUGAUUCGGAUGAGAUCCGAGUGGACAAGGUUGUUUUCCGGGUGAAUUCAAACUGGGGCGGGAACGAGACGUGCAUCUACCGACUCAAGCUGCAUGGGAAGAUGUAA